AUGAAAUUUACUGCUGCCAUCCCUGUCCUUGCUCUCUUCGCAACCGGCGUUGCAGCAGACAACUGUAGGGAAGGGCUGUACUACUGCGGUAAAACUCUUACCAACAUGGGCAAUUAUGAAUCCCAAAUCCAAAUAGAACUGAUCAGGACUGGGUGGGGGAGCGGCUAUCGUGCGGACAGUGGUAAUUUUCUUUUUUGGUGUAGGGGUGGAGAAAAUGGCCAAAUUCAGAGUCUAGGGCAUUGUACAUCAGCUUGCAACGAUAAUGGCAGGGGCCGGAGUGAUAACUGUAGGGGAGGCGUUAUCAUGAACAACCCACGUUUCCCUAGGUUAAGGAGAUGA